AUGUACUCGCGCAGUGCAACAGGAUGGUCGGAAUGGGAAGAGGAUAACCUUCUUCCCUGGCUGGAAGAGAACAGCGAACUGCCGUGGACCGAUCGCGCCCAAGCUUAUUCGAAGCAAUUCGGGGUGAGCCGAUCUGUUGAAUCCUUACGAGGGAAGAAAUAUCAUAUCCUACGAAAACGUCGGCUUGGUCGUGCGAGGCGGACACCGCGGACGCCGACCUCGAUGACCCGCGGGAAAAACCGACUUCUGAAAGUCACCGACGACAACACGCAAGGCAGUCUCUCGAGCAAUGACUCUAUCGAUCGCAGCAUGGUUGGACAUUGGCUCCAGGGUAUUCCAGAGGUUGCACAAAACUCCGCUAAGACUCAAGCGCUGCCGUCGGCAGAAUUAUCAACAUGUGGUAAGAAUGCCUUCGUAUUUGGUUCGAUCAAACACUAA